CUUCCAUUCAUUCUUUUGCAACCACGAGCGCGACUGGGGAACGACGGAAGGUGCAGCGGCUGGCCGCCGGCAACCGCACCAGCACCAUCAGUAGCAUCAGCUCAACCAGCCACCAGGGGAUGGGUCUGCUCUCGACCGAGUCGCUGGCUGGAUCGGUCGUUACGCUGACGGGUUCAAUGGUGAACGCCGACAUCGCCAGGACCGAAGACGACCAGCAGCAACACCACCACCACCACCACGGUGGCACCACCUCCGGCAGCAGCAAUCACAGCCCAGAUAAAAACGCCAUCUCGGGCCAGCUCCAGCUCACCAUCGAGCGAGCAGCCGACCUCGUCCCGAAGGAAUUUAACGGCAAGCUCGAUCCGUACUGCAUGGUGCUGGUGGACAAUGUCGAAGUGGAGCGAACGGCAAUCGUGAACAAGACGCUGCAGCCCGAGUGGAACGCCGUGUUUGACUUCCCAGUGCACUACGCAAGCACAUUCAAGUUCGUCGUGAUGGACUGGGACCGGUGGCGCGCACACGAGCCCUGCGCCAGUUGCGAGGUCUCUGCCGCUGCGUUGCUGCGCGACCUCGACGCCAACAACGCUCCCCGCGCCAACCAGCGCAUCGCACUGCCCCUCCAACCUGCGGGUCUGAUGCACGUCAUUGUCACGUUCAAACCAGACGCGUCCACCGAGGCCUUCAGGCAACAUGUCAAUGAAGCAGCCGUCAAGGAGCGUGCCAUCGCCAUGUUUGACAAAAUCGCAACGGUGGGGUACCGUCCCGCCAUGGCAGUCAAGACUUUCGGCAUGCGCGUCUCUUGCCCUCACAUUGUCGGAGUGGACUUGUACGAGAAGCUGUCUCGUCCCGAGCAAAAAGAGCUGGAUGUGCUGCUCGAGCUGCUGAUGACUCAGCAAUCUGCCGUGAUGGACAUGCAAAGUGUGCUCCGAUUUUACGCCGAACCCAUGCUCAAGCUCCACAUCAUCACACCAGCAGAAGCCUACGAGAUAUUCCGAAACUUUUGUGACAUUCUCGCUCUGCAAGAAAAUGUCCUUCGCACUUUUGAAGAGGUUUGGCGCCUUGCCACGACUGAACGCGACGAUCUUCUUGUCUGGAGUGGCCGCUAUUACCGUCUGUUUGACGAAAUGUUUCCGGAGCGGACGACCACCAUCGAGGCCUACGUGUACUACUGCGGCACAGCUCCGCAUGCAGCGUUGUUUAUCAAAUCGUUGACGCACAGUUCACCGAAAUUUGCCGAACUACUCGAACGGGCGGACGCUGUCGAGCAAAUCAAACGUCGCGGCCUCGUCACCAUGCUCACUGCACCACGCCAGCGAUUGAUGCAGCUGGGCCUUUUGUUCCAACGGCUUUUCGACAUGGUCAAUCGUGGCGUGAACAAACUUCGAGAGGAAUCGAGCGGUGAUUUGACAAAUGUUCUACAACAAGCCAACCUGGGCUCGUCCGUGUCCUUGCAGCAGCCAGCAGCAGCGGAUGGCGCUUCGUCGCAGCCGCAUCCAGAACCACAUAACCAACAACAACCACAGAACCAACAGCAACCACAGAACCAACAGCAACCAGAGCCGACACGGCUGCCGUCACCUGCGCAGCAGCAAGAGCCAAAUGACGACGACGAUGACAGGCAGCAGGUGGAUGAAACUCUCGAGCGAGACCUCGACACGAUGCCGCCGCUUUCCAGCGGCAACCAUCGAUUGCGGCGAGCACCCGCGUCCCGCCAUUCAAAGCGGUCCUUGCGUGUAGCGCCCACUGAGCCUGUGAACGAACACGCGCAGAACGGAGAUGCUUCUGCAAGCUCAGCCGAUGCGACACUUCCUCCAGCCGAGUUUGGAACGAGAAGUACACCCUCACCACCCUCCGAGUCAAAGCUCAGUCGGCUCCCGUCUGUGUCCUCGGCCAAGCCGAAACGCAGCUUGAGACGAGUCAUCAGUCGCAACGACACGCUUUCCAACCUACCCGAGCCCUCGAUGGCAGCCAUUCCGCUGAUGCCAGGCUCGGGCGAAGUUGCCGAGGCACUCAACGCUGCCAUGUCACUCACCGAAAUUUUGGACAAGCUCCAGGGCUUGCUCAACGUUGUCGACACGCUCACCGGCGUCCUCACGACCGAAUUUGACAUUGGCGAGCUGAAACGCACGCUGCUGCUUCCCGACGGCUCGCGGGCCAAUGUCAGUUUCAGCGAACACGCCCAGCUCAUCUACCGCGGUGCUUUCAAUAAUCACCGCAACCACUCCAUCAUCGUCUACUUGUUUGAUAACAUCUUCCUCAUGACCAAAAGCGUUCAAGAGAAUGGUGAAAUCCGCAAUUACGUUUACAAGAAGCCAAUCCCUCUCGAAAGUUUGCGUGUUAUCGACGUCGCAGACUCGCUUCGUUUGAAGGCAGCCAAACCGGGAGACUCGCCCGUCGCCAGCAUGGACUGCCACAGCUUCAAGAUUGUCGACUUGCAAUCUAGCCAGCCGAAAAGCUUCAAGCUGACUGCCGCCACCGAAAGCAUGAAGCAGGCAUUGUUAUCUCACCUGCUCGUCAUGACUCAAGGAAAACGCGCCCUGGCAAGCAAGCCAAGCGAGGCCGUGCUGAAGAAGACUGUCUCGACGGUGGCCCAGCCAAUCAACCACCAUUUUAUUGCCACCUACUUUACCAAGCCAACGUACUGCCACAUAUGUACCAAUCUCUUGUGGGGUGUGUUUGGGUGUCAAGGCGUUCGCUGCCACAACUGCAGCAUUACGGUCCAUUUCAAGUGCCGCCUGAAGGUUCCCGAAUGCAAAGGCAACGCCCUUGGCCAAAAGCCUGUCGAUCGCUCGCGAGAUAUGCGCGAUUCCACGACAACAUUCAAUGUGGACAACUUGGACAACCACGACGCCGACUCGAUGAUUGAGGAUGAUGCUGCCGACGACGCCUUCCAGCUCGUCAACAGCGACGAAUUGCUCCUCCAGAUUUGCAGCAAGCCUUCCGCCAUCUUGAGCUAUCGCAAGUCCAUGGCAGAGGCUGUUUCCGAGCUUGCCACCCAACUUCGCCACCUCAUGAUUACAGUUGACGACGACGAGCAAGAGGUUCGCAGGCUGGCCAAUGUGGAAACCGCCGUGUCGGAUGCUCUCAUGGCCAUGCUCGAUGCCGCCCAGCUCGCUGCGCUCAACCCUGACGCGGACGACCUGCAAAAUCGAUUUGCGGAAAAGGGCAAGCUCCUGCAUGCAACCCUCAAUAUGAACGUUUCAACGUUUGUGCAGUGCGAAGGACUUGCGCUCAAGACUGAGGCCGAGUUCCCCUCGCGUCUUCGCCGCACACUGGGUGAUUUGGACACUUCCACACCGGCCGAGCUCAUCCAGCUCUUGCGAGAUCCCGCAAAUCGUCUGUGUGCUGAUUGUGGAGCCGAAGCUCCGCGCUAUGCAUCCGUCACCUUUUGUGUGUUUCUGUGCAGCAAAUGCUUCCUUGUCCACCGCGCCCUUGGCAAGCGCAUUUCGCACACCAAAACUUUGGCGGAAGAUUGGGCUCCUCCAGAAAUCCAGCGGAUGCAAUGCAUCGAUAACUGCCAGGUCAAUGCCAAGCUUUUAUCGAGCAUGCCCGAUAAAUUAAACCUGUCUCCGAACAGCGACGAGACGUGGCGCACGGAAUUCAUUCGAUUAAAGUACGACAAGAAGGCCUUCACCGCUGAGAAUGCGGGCAAACUCAGCCGCCUGCUUUCCACGCAAACACACGACGCAGUUACGCAACUGCACAACUUCAUGUUCCACACAAACAAGACUCCAACCUUCUGCGGCUUUUGCGGCAAAUUGAUGUGGGGCUUGCGAAACCAAGGCGUCCGAUGUCAGGAUUGUGGUUACAACUGCCACUGGAACUGCACACGAAUUCUCGGAUUCAAUCUCAUGUCGCCAGUGUGCGUCGAUGCCGAAAAGUUUGGCUUUGACUGCAAAGGAACCAUUAAAAUCGCAGUGAUGGCGGGCCGAGAUCUGAUUUCGUGCGAUUUGAAUGGCAAGAGCGAUCCUUACCUCCGUCUGACGUACGGCAUGCGAGAGGUCAAGACGAGUGUGAUUGAAAAAACGUUAAAUCCAUCCUGGCAAGACGAGCCUAUCUUGUUCCACGUACGGAACUUUGCCGAGCCACUGAAGGUUCAAGUUUGGGAUUGGGACCAGUUGUCCUACGACGAUUUUAUGGGCGAAUGCGAAAUCUCCCUGGAGUUUCUCGAGUUGGCUGAAGACACGGUGCAGUUUCCAGUGACGAUCGAUCUUCAAAAGGUCAAACGAGGCCAGUUGUACUUUGAAAUUGUCUUCCGGAAAUUGGAAACACGCGUCUGAUGGUGCUGCCGAUGAUCUUUGUUCGCUUUGCGGUUAUUUAUAGUUGUUGUUUUCCUUCUCGCCUGCCUCGUCUCAUUCGAUAGAUUUACGAAUGA